CACCAACGUCAAAUUGGUAUUGUUGGGUUUAGUCUCGUCUUCCCGUCCCAGGUUUAGAAGGAAAUAUGCCACUAUGCAAAGUAGGUCUCCAACAUGUUUUACUAACUCUUUGUUUUGCAGGUUAAGUGGCUUUAAAAGAAUAGCUUCUUAUCCCACUGAGUAUACUUGGUUUCCUAAAAGUAAGAAGUUGUAUGGUCCGACCCCCAAUGUUCUAUCAUGUAUUUCUGUUUUCUGUACUUAGUUUAGGUUGUAAUAAUGCUUUUCAUUAAUAGUACUCUUUGUAAAAAAAAAAAAAAAAAAAAAAAAGUUCAAAGAACAUUCACUACUUCUCCACCCGUACAACCCUCACACAACAUGAUUCAUCAUCCCUUCCAAUUUUGAUUCUCUAAUACAACUAAAACAACACGCAAGCGUGAAAUUGUAUCAUCAAACUUGGCGCCUUUCAAGUUUCAAUUUCAUUUCAAAUAGUCGAUAGCAAAAACCCAAAUUUGCAAUUCCAAAAACACACAGAACCCUAGGAUAUCAAACUAAGGAAUUGAGUUUUCUUUAGAAGACCCAAAUGAUAUUGAGAACACCACCUCCAAGGAAACGCAGGGCCGAAUCCAUUCCUCCAGAGGAUGAUUCUCCCGCGGGCCGCCUUGUCAUCUACGAGGAUCCUCCUUCGCCGCAACCCGAAUCUUCUCCUCUUCCUUCCGAUCAUCUGCUUUGCACCUAUCAAUGCCGUCAAAUGGUUAAAGCCGAGCUUUUGGAUAAUUAUGCUAGCAUGGAAAAAACAAUUGCUGAAAAUCAGUCCAAAUUAGCGACAUUGAACGAGAACCUCUUGACAGCAGAAGAAGAAGGGAAGAAAUAUCGAGAUCAAUUCCUGUAUGCCGAGCAGGAGCUUGCUGCUGCUAGAGGCCGUGAGCAGUCACUGCAGGAUAAGCUCUUGAAGGAGAUCAAGGAAUCUCAGGAGCGACUGACGAAACAAAUACAACAAUGCAAUGAACUUGAGGUUAAGCUCCAAAAGGAAGAAAGCCUGCGCAGAAGUUCAGAAUCUUCAGCAGCUGCUGCUGAAGAGAAAGCUAACCGUUUAGAGCGGAAGCUAAACCAGCUUUCAGACAGCACAGAAAGAGAAAAGAAUCAUUUACAAGACGAACUCAAGCAUUUGAAAGGAGAUUCAAAGCUUUCUAUGUCUAGGUUAAGGGCUGAACUUGAAAGAGCGCAAUUUCAAUCUAGUAAUGCUGUAAAGGAGUCAGAGCAGUUAAAGGAGAAGCUGGAAGAUGUUAGCAAACAGCUCAAUAAGUGUUUGCAAGAGAAGAAUGGGCUAGAAACAAAAAUAUCAAGCUUUACAUGCCCAGAGGAGGGUUCUAGUUCUUCUCAGCAUGAUGUCUUAGUGAAGCAUUUGCAGGAGGAGCUAAGAAAUUAUGAGUGUGAAGUGCUUGAGGCAAGGAAGUUGAAAGCAUCUCAUGAGAACAUCGAGCUGUUGAAGGAGAAGCUCAUAGAAGAAAAAAGGUGGAGGGAAAGGGCAGAGGCAGAUCUAACUAUGUUACAAGAGAUUCAGUUAAGUAUGAAUGUACUGGAGGAUGAAUUGGCUUCUUGGAAGAAAAUCUUGAAAGAAAUUCCCGGAGUUGAAUCUUCCGAUGAUGUCCCCCUUAAGUUUGUUGCUCUACAGAAGGAGGUGAUAGACGGCAUGUCAAAGCUAGGAGAGGCAAACACACGCUUGAAACAACUUGAGAUAGCUCUGGAGGGUGCUGAGUCUGAUAAGAAAUAUGUUGAAUCAGAAACAGCAUUAGCUAAGGAGAGGGAAGAAUCAUUGAAGUUAGAAAUUAAGGAACUAAAAUCGAAACUAUCAUCAGUUAAUGAAGAAAGAGAUCAAUUAAGAACUGCUUAUAAUGAAUUGAAACAGCAGACGAAUGUAGAGCCUGGUAGUGAAGCUGUCGGGAGAGCCUUAACUCAGGGGCUUGAAUCAUCUCUUGCCCAAAAAGACAGUUACAUCAAAGAAUUGGAGAUCAAUCUUAGUGAACAUAAAGCAGCUGAUGAUCGUCAUCAUAACGAGAUUAGGGUGCUGAAUGAGAAGCUAAACAGUGAAGCACGAAAAAUAAAGUCUUUAGAGAGAGAGGGUGACCGUCUUCGUUCUGAUAUUGCUCUUUUGGAGUCCAAAUUAGGACAUGGUGAUUUUUCGUCUGCUAAUACAAAAGUUCUGCGAAUGGUGAAUCCUCUGGGGGUUGAGAGUGAGGCUAGACAAACUAUAGAAGCCUUACAUUGUGAACUUCAGAAGGCUAAUGAGAAACUUCAGGUUGUAGAAGAACUAAAGAAACAAUCAGCUGAUGCGGGGCAGCUAGUGGACUCGUAUAUUUCUGGUAAAAUAGUGCAGUUGAAAGAGCAAAUAGCAACACUUGAGAAGCGUGAGGAAAGGUACAAGACUGUGUUUGCUGAUAGAAUCUCAGUUUUCAGGAGGGCAUGCUGUGAACUUUUUGGUUAUAAGAUUGUUAUGGAUGAUCAACAUCGUCCAAAUGGUAUUCCUAUAACGCGUUUCACGCUUCAAUCUAUCUAUGCGCAAAGUGAUGAUGAGAAGCUAGAAUUUGAAUAUGAGUCGGGUAACACAAACAUUUUGAUAAAUGACUAUGCAAAACAGCGUGAAAUAUCGCGACAGGUUGAGAUGUUUAUUCGAAAGCUGAACUCAAUUCCAGCUUUUACAGCCAACUUAACUAUAGAGUCUUUCAAUAGGCGCACUCUAUCAUAAUGAUAAUCACUCUAUUGCUUUUAUCGAGCUCUGGGCCCUAAGUGGCAGAAGUUAUCAGUAUAUGAAAAAGAGCUGCUUGCAAUGGUUUUUGCUGUGCAGAAGUGGGAGCAGUACUUGCUGGGAGCUCAUUUCAUCAUCAAGACUGAUCAAGAGCUUAAAAUGGCUCUUAUAGUAGAAAAUUUCAACCCCUUUCCAGUAAUUUUGGCUAUCAAAGCUCAUGGGUUAUGAUUAUGAAAUCCAAUGUAAAGCUGGAAAAGAAAAUUUGGUUGCUGAUGCUUUAUCAAGGCUCCAAGAUGCAAAGAUUUUGUUCAUGGCAAUCUCAGUUGUGGAUUCUAACUUGACUCAAGAGAUCCAAGCUAGUUAUGCCUUGGAUGAUAAUACAACUUCUAUUUUAGACAAUUUACAAGGUUCAGUCAGUUCUUCAUUUUUCCUUAAAGGAUGGAUUAUUGAGAAGAAAGGAUAAGUUGGUAAUUGGUCCAGAUGACCACCUGAAGAAGAAGCUUCUGCAAUGGCAUCACACUUCUCUAGAAGCUGGCCAUUCUGGCAGGGAGCACACUUUGAAAAUAAUGUAGAACCUUUUCUAGUGGAGGGGCAUGACAAGAGAUGUCAGCCAAUAUGUUAGAAAGUGCAUUGUGUGCCAAGCUUCUAAAUAUGAUACUGCAGCCAAGCCUGGCUCUUUGCAGCCUUUGCCUAUUCCUGAACAAGUCUGGACUGACAAUUCUAUGGACUUCAUUGCUGGCUUGCCUAUGUCUAUGAACAAGAAUGUUAUCUUUGUGGUGGUGGAUAGAUUGAGUAAGUAUGCCCAUUUCAUUCCCCUUAAGAAUUGAAUCCUUCUAUUGCUGUGGAUGUUGCUCAAUUGUAUUUAGACUAUGUCUUUAAGUUAUAUGGCUGGCCUAGAAGUAUUGUAAGUGACAGGGAUGCUAUCUUUUUGAGUCAAUUCUGGAAGGGACUCUUUUCUUUACAUGGGAUAUAGUUUCUCUUAUCUUCUGCCUACCACCCUAAGACAGAUUGCCAAACUGAGGUGGUCAAUAGGUGUCUUGAAUAAGGUGUAUGACAAGCGAUUGUCCUAAGGAGUGGUGCUAGUACCUUCCCAUGACAGAAUGGUGGUACAAUACUCAUUUCCACUCUGUUACUCAAAUGACACCUUAUGAGAUUGUUUACAAUCAGCCUCCUCCCUCGCAUCUCCCUUACUUGGUGCAGAAUGCUGUUGUUGACAGUAUGUAAAAAAGGGAGGACAUGAUUCAGGUUCUUAAGGGCAAUCUUCUUAAAGCUUAGCAUAGAAUAAAAAUUCAAGUUGAUAAAAAGAGGUCUGAAAGGGUGUUUGCUUUGAAUGAUUGGGUUUUGUUGAAGUUGCAGCAGUACAGUAGUAAUCUCUGCAAUACAGAAGCAACAAUAAGCUUGCUGCUAAGUACUUUAGUCCUUUUAAAGUCAUUGCUGAUGUGGGCAAGGUAGCUUACAAACUUCAUUUACCUAGUUCAACUAAGAUACUGAUGUUUUUCAUGUAUCUCAACUCAAACCAUUCACGGGUGACCUGCCUCAGGUGGCUCAGAUUCUUUCAGAGAUUGAGCAUGAUAGUACAUGAACUGUCUUGCCUGCUGCCAUUAUUUAGCAUCGGGUAUUAGAUGUUUCUGGUGUUUCUCAGCAGCAGUAUUUGGUUCACUGGCAGAAUGCUCCAAUUCAUGAUGCUACUUGGAUUUCCAAGGACGAUUUUGAGGCUCAAUUUCCUGGUUUUUCGUUUGAUUGACUUGAGGACAAGUCUCUUAAAGGGGGAGGGUAUGAUAUAGGAGCUUAUGCAUAUUAAUUCUUUUAUGCAAGUUGUUAAUUUUGGCAGGAAAAUUGGUUAGAAGCUUUGUUUUUGUCAUUUUCCUAGUUUGUUACAAAAGAUGCUUUUUGUUGCUUGAGUUUGUUACAAGCUGAGUUGUUAUAAGGAAUCAGUGGUUGUAAUAAUAAAAUCAUAAUCAUAAUUACAAUCUUAUCUCCUCUUUCUCUCUCUAUCUCUAACUUCUUCUUCUUCCUCACGUUUC